AUGGGGCAUCACUCCUGCUGCAACCAGCAGAAGGUGAAGAGGGGGCUCUGGUCCCCUGAGGAAGAUGAGAAGCUCAUCAGAUACAUCACCACCCAUGGUUAUGGCUGCUGGAGCGAGGUCCCCGAGAAAGCCGGUCUACAGCGGUGUGGGAAGAGCUGCCGGCUGCGGUGGAUCAACUACCUCAGACCGGACAUCAGGCGAGGGCGGUUCACAGCGGAGGAGGAGAAGCUGAUCAUCAGCCUACACGCCAUUGUUGGCAACAGGUGGGCCCACAUUGCCAGCCACUUGCCCGGCCGGACGGACAACGAGAUCAAGAACUACUGGAAUUCAUGGAUCAAGAAGAAGAUCCGGAAGCCAGCGAUGAGCACGACGAGCUCGUCGGUGACGACGUCGAGCCCGCCGUGCAGCACGGCGGCGUCGGACGCAGCGCUUGGUCACCUGCAGACGCCGUUCAGCGCGGCGGCGGAGCACCUGCAGCUCGACGCCUUCCUCAGCCAGAGCCUAGCCUUGCCGCCACCGCCGAAGCUGGGCUCCGGCGGCCAAGAGUCCCCGCCGGCGGCGCCGUUGCCUCCGCACUGCCCCUUCUUCAUGUUCGACACAAGCGUCAGCGUCAGCCCGCCAUCGUCGCUGACGUCGACGGCGGCGGCCCACCAGCUGCAGCACCCGUUCCUCACGUUCACGGCGGCGGCGAUGGACGACGCACCGAUAAGCUACCAUCUGCCUCCUUUGGUGGACGGCAUGGGAAUGGCCGGCAUGGCAGCCAUGGACUGCGGUGGUCUAGGUGAGGAGGAAAGAGGCCAUGAUCACCGCGAGGCUGGCAACAAUGGCCAUGCGGUGGUCGGCAUGGCGAACGGCGGCGGUGGCUGCUGCUACGGGCAGAAGGAGGAGCCGACGGCGUUAGGACAGGACCAGUGGGAUGACGAAUCGGCGCAGCACCUGCUGAUGUGGGACGAUGACCAAGAACUAACACCGUCCAACCUGGAAGCCAUGGAAAGUACAGCUCACUCCCUCCUUUUUAUGGGACCAAAUGACCAUGCAUGA